GAGUGAAAAUUAAUUUGGCAACUAACCUUUUGAGUAAAACGCUAUUUGGACAGAAUUUCUUUAUCUUUCUGGGAGGUGGGGUGAUUUAAGAAGCUUUUAAAAUAAGGUUUCAGAUUUUCACUCCUUUCCAGUAAAAUAUCAGGCGAGAUAAGCUUAGGCCUAACCUUACCUAUUUUUUUCACUGAAGUUCUAGUUGUUUGAGAUUUUUUUUUUUUUUUUGUUUACAUUUGACAAUUCUUCACCUCAUGUAAUGUUGUUUCAGAUCAUUAUUCCAUACUAUAUUAAUUCAUAUUAAGAUACUGUGUGUGUGUGUGUGUGUGUGUGUUCUGUUGCAGCUUACAGCUCAUUCAAGUGCCACCAGUGUGUUUUUGAAGUAUUUUGUCUUUCUAUUUCUUCUUUCUUCUGAGGAUGUUUCACUUAAUCGAGUUCCUGAUCAACAAAACGGUAGCAGUGGUGCCACAAACGUGGUGCAGAGAUGGAGUUGUCUAUUGGCCAAACUACAGAAAUGAUGAAAGAGUAAACAGGGCAGUGAAAAAUUCGGAGGAGCCUGGACCUGACUGGAAAACAUAUGAUGUCAGAGUUAUUAAAACAUAUGACUACUUUGAGGCACAACGACUCUUAAAGAAAUCUCUGAUGUGUAACACAUCAGAUCUACAGUCUGAAGAGGAAGAGGAGGAGAUUAGACCAAAGAGAAGGCCAAAGCCAAUUCAUUUCUUUGGAGACACAGAUGAUGACAGUGAGGAGGAAGGUCAUCCUCAUAAAAAGAGAGCCAGGGGUCCAGCCAAACUCUUAACCGAACCACCAGCUCCUGUUAUAUCAACACCACCUUUUAUCCCAAGUAGCGGCACAGCUGCUCCUCCUCCACUCACUUCACCACCUCACUGUGCACAGAGACCAGCAGAAGAGCAAACCCCUUCUACAAGAAAGGUCUACAGACCAACCUGGCGGGGGGGAAGAUGUGGAUCAGACAGUAUCACCUGCUCUGCUGCAGAAGUCUACAUUAUGAGUUUACUGGAAUUAGUAAAACAUCAGCAGGAGCAAAUAAUUGCUAAAGUAAAUUAUUUGAUGAGCAAGUUGAACCCAGCAGGCCAAGACAUGGAAAUGCCUGACAACCCAGUAGAUUUUCCAUUAACAUCAAUGGAGGAAGUGGAGAAUUUUGAGGAGUGGCUCAGAAAUCCCGCAAAUAAUCAAAUAAAGUUGAGUGUGAUUUCUUCUCUUGCAACUAUUGGGGGCCAUGACACAAAACAUGUCACAUGGAACAUCCUUUCCCGCAUGUUCCGUGAUGAUGUUGGGAGGAGGAUCAACUGGAAGGGUGUGAAUGGUAAAAAAGCAUUCAACCAGAUGGAGUCCAAGAAGUUCCUCCUGUGUGCUGUGAGAAAGAGCCAUGCAUCACGUGCCGCCACAGAUGAUGAAAUUGUAAAACACACAAUACGGUGGUUCAGCCUGGCAGCUGAUAGGGGAAGCUCAAGGAACCGCCCCACUGUGAGCACCCAACAGUAGAGUUUUUCCAGAGUUUUAUUGUUAACUUCAGUUUUGAAGUGUUCAUUUAAAAUUGCAACAGUUACAAUAAAAUGAAAGUACAAGAUUACUAUUUUAAAUAAAUGUUUUUUUUAUUCUUUUUGUUUCUAUUCAAAUAAUAUGUUUCUAUUUUUCUAUUCAAAGAAUAUAAAAAAAAAAAUCCAGUUUCUGCAAAAAAAAAAAAAAAAAGCAGUACAACUGUUAACAAAAAAAUGUUGCUCAAAUAUUUACUCUUCUUAAUGUUGUAAAGUCUUAUUUUUCAUUAAAUAAAAAUGUUUCUGGUACAAUU